CAUCAUUAACGGAUACAUUGUAACUUCUUGCAAGUUUGUUACAUCGUUUAAAAAGCCGCCGUUCGUGAGGAACUGUUAUUGCCAUCGGGGACAUCAUACUUGCCGUGGUUACUGUUUCACCGCUAGCGCCCAAAGGCAUUAUAUACGAAUGUCUGCAGACCAACAAGAACUCCCUGUCUUCACGACGGCGGCCGAUAUGCGCAAUUGGGUUCGGAAACAAAAGAAGUCUGGUCGCAAAGUGGCGCUUGUGCCUACCAUGGGCUACCUGCAUGAAGGCCACCUGUCGCUGGUGAAGGCCGCCAAGGAGCGAGCUGACAUCGUGGUCGCCUCCAUCUACGUCAACCCCACCCAGUUCGCGGCGCAUGAGGACUUUGACGUGUACCCGCGGGAUGCGGCUGCCGACCGCGCCAAGCUGGCCGCUGCGGGCUGCCACGCGGUGUUCGAGCCGGAGUCGCUGUACGUGGCGGUCCCCGGCGGCGGCGAGGGCAGCAACGUGGUGGGUCGCGAGACCGCCCACCCCGCCGCACAUGAAACCUGGGUGUCCGUGGAGCGCCUGCAGCGCCCCCUCUGCGGCGGCUCGCGCCCGCACUUCUUCCGCGGCGUGUGCACCGUUGUGACCAAGCUCUUCCACAUCGUGGAGCCGGAUGUGGCGCUGUUUGGUCGCAAGGACUACCAGCAGUGGCGGGUGAUCUGCCGCAUGGUGCGCGACCUGGACUUCGCGGUGCAGGUGGUGGGGAUGCCGAUCUGCAGGGAGGCGGACGGACUGGCCAUGAGCAGCCGCAACGCCCGGCUGUCCCCCGAGUCCCGCUCCGCCGCACUGUGCAUCUCCCGCGGCCUGGCCUGGGCGCAGGCGGCGGUGGCGGAGGGGCGGGUGGCGGAGCCGGCGGCGGUGGCGGCGCACGUGCGGGGCUUGAUUGAGGAGGCGGGCGGCAAGGUGGACUACGUGGAGCUGCUUCACGCGGAGCACCUCUCCCCCGUCUCCGACCUCACCUCGCAACCCGUGCUGCUGGCGGUGGCGGCGCUGUUCCCUGCGCGGGACCGGGGCACCGUGCGGCUCAUCGACAACACCGUGCUCAAUGAGGGGAAGGAGGAGGAGCAGCAGCAGCAGCAGGGGCCAGCGGACGGGGGGGAGGAGGAGGUCCAGG